AUGAAUUCGGCGGGUAUUCAGACGCUGCUUGAUGCAGAGAGAGAUGCACAGAAGAUCGUUCAGAAAGACCGCACAAAACGUGUAAAGGAAGCAAGAGACGAAGCAAAGAAGGAAAUCGAGGCGUAUAGAAAGGAAAAGGAAGAGGAGUUCAAGAAGUUUGAGGCAGAGCACACGAGCGGUAACAAGAAAGCAGAAGAGGAUGCCAAUAAGGAUGCCGAGAAGAAGUUGGAGGAGAUUAAGGAGGCAGGCAAGAAGGGGGAAAGUCAAGUCAUAUCAGAUCUGUUGAAAGCAGUCUUUGAUGUUAAGCCUGUUGUACCUGAACGUGUUGAAGGACCAAAAUAG